UGCUUCCGCCACCACAGGAGAGAGAACAACCGACCGGUGCCAGAUCAAAAUACAAACAAUGGGCAAGAAGCACAAGAAGCACAAGUCCGAAAACACGGAUAUGAAGAGUACGGCGAGAGACCGCUGAAGCUUGUGUUGAAAGUGUCUGGAAACGAAGUGACGACGGGAAGCUCAAGCCUGGAUACGUUUUACGACGAACAGCCGGCAGACAAACCCAAGGACAAGAAGAAGAAAAAGAAGAAGGAUAAAGAGAGGAGCUUUGGGUCGCCAGAGGAUGACAGAGGAAAGAAAAAGAUGACAAAGAAGAAAAAAGGACAGGAUGCAGAUGGAGAUGAUGACCAGAGCAGAACUCCUAUACGUUCAGAGUUGGAUAAACUGGAAGCAGAAAAGGAGCAGACUCCUCUGCAGGAAGCUCUGAACCAGCUCAUCAGGCAGCUCCAAAGGAAAGAUCCCAGUGCAUUCUUCUCGUUUCCGGUGACAGACUUUAUUGCUCCUGGCUACUCUGCGAUUAUCAAACGGCCUAUGGACUUCAGUACAAUGAAGGACAAAGUAAAGAAAGAGUACUACCAGUCGCUGGAUGAACUCAAGGUAUCUGUCUUUAUCACACACGGGUGUAUUAUUGCAUGCUAC